AUGCGAAUUCGCGUGGGUACGUCGUCGGCUUCUUACGGGCACAAACCGCGGUGUACCAUUUUAGAUUCGGGAAAUCAUCGCGGGCGUGACGUCGCACAGUUUCGCGGCGGUGAAUAUCGAAAUUCCAUCUUGAACGCGAAACAAUUAUCGCGGAAUAAAAUAAUAACAAUACUAAUAUUAUAAUAGGUAGGUAGGUAUGCUCUCUCGGAGAAAUGCGCGGUCCGAUGAUUUUCGGAUCGAUAUCAAAAUCGGAUUAGUUUUGCGUUCGGAUAUUGUUCGCCGGCGGGGGUUUUCAAACAAUCGUUACUUUUGUUUGUGAUACAUGCGUAUAGGUUGUUAAAUGUUAACAGAUCGAUAAUUAACAAAUUUGUUUUAUUUCGUUAUUUUCCCUACGCUCAGAUUACGGCGACGAGAAACCGUCGAUCGUGAAGAAGAAGCGCAGGCGGAAAAAGAAAGGCAAAAAGCACAAGCCGUUCAAGGUAAAGGAUUUCAAGAAACUGAAAAAGUUCAUGUUGCCGCUGUUGUUGGCGUACAAGCUCAAGUUUUUCACGCUCGUGCCGCUGAUGUUGGGCGGACUUGUGCUGAUCGUGGCCACUACCGGGUUCGCCGGAUUCUUUUUCGCGUUGUUCGCCGUGGGUCUCGGCCUCAAGGGACACCACUGA